AAUAGUAUUUUCAUUAGCGUCGUAUGUUAAGAAAGAUAAAAUGUUAUUCAUGGAAACAUUGCCAAAAGAUAUCAAUGAUCACGUUAUUUAUUUAUGUAUUUAUUUCCAAAAUAAUUAUGCUAAUUAAAAUUAUGUGUUACAAAAUUUCUCAAUAAGAGGAUUUGUUUCAAUCUUUGAUAUAUACAAUUCAAAACUUCGAGUUAGUGAUACGUGUUUCAUUGUAUAUCGAACUUUAUUUCUUAUUAACGAAUGGUGCUCGACAAGGGUUUUACGCCGCAGCAGUGUUUUGUUCAAAGAAAUGGAAUUGUCGGAUGAUGGGAGAGACAUUAAAAACUUUGAAGAUGCACGAAUUAAUGUAAACGAAGAUUGUCGAAUCUGUUUACAAAAGUCUAACGAAACAUGUCAACUGUUUCCAAACAACAAAGGUUUUUCUCAGAAACUAAUGGCAAUUGCUGGUGUGCAGGUAGAAGAAGGAGAUGGAUUGCCAUCGGUAAUAUGUUUCGAUUGUUCUCAACUUCUUGACAUAUCCUACAACUUUCGAAGUCAAAUACAAAAGACAGAUACAAAAUUACGUGAAAUAUUGAAACUCGGAUCAUGUACAGCAAAAGAUAUUGAAAAUGAAUUGAAAGUAGAAGAUCAUUUUUCUAAUAUCAUAGCAGAUGCAAUAUUACAAAGAAAAGUUACAAAUAAUAUUGGCAAUGAUAAUAAAGAUGGUGAGGAUGAUGAUAAUGGUAAUAGAGAGUGCAGUAGUAAUAUCCAUGAGCCAUCUAUACAAAUUGAUGUACAAAGUUUUCCUAAUGAUCAACAUGAUUUCGCCUCCGAAAUAAUUAAUGAUAAUAUAGAUUCCAAUGACAAGUGCAAUUCAAUAAUUGAACUAGAAAAUAAACAAGAAGAACCAUACAAAGUUGUAGAAAACAUAAAAUUACCUCAAAGUUGUGAAACCAUUACAAAUAAAAUAAAUAGUGUAACAUGUCAUUCGUCUAAUUUAAUAACAGAAACAGAAUGUAUUAAAGAAGACUUUUCUCGUGAAAAUAAUAUAUCAGAAAGUAAUAAUUCCAUCGACCAAAGCAUUGUAAGACAAGAACAAAUAUUCAAACUUGAAAUAAAAAAUGAGUUAGAAAAGUUAAACUAUAAUACACUUAUAGAAAGUUCAUCCAAAAUUAUUAAUAUUCAAGAAGAAGGAAAACCUAUCUAUAAUUGUAGUGAUGAUGAGGAAAAACCUUUAAUUAGUAGAACUACAAGACAGAAAUGUUCGCAAUGCAUUAAAUCAUUUACUACACGUUUAGCUUUACAAAGACACAUGACAGUACAUAAACAUAAAGCAGAAGUACGUUAUGUUUGUUACAUAUGUGAUAAACAAUUUUCAAAUAUUACUAAAUUAAAGAAUCACAUUAAUAGUAGACAUCAUGUACGUUUUAAUAAUAAGAAAAGAGAGAAAGAAAAUAGUGACAAUAAAGAUGUACAUUUCAAAGCAGAGGAUCUUGAUAAUAAUUGUAAUAAUUCUAUGGAUAAUACUAAAACUGAAAAAAAAAAUUGUAAAUUUAUAUGUAAAGUUUGUUCUAAGCAAUUUACAUAUCAAAAAUCUUUUUUGACACAUGCUAAAAGUCAUCCAGAAUACAAUCCUGAAGAUUUAAAUGAUUUUUCUAGUGAAACUGGAACCCAAUUGAAUGAAAUCAAAAAUAAAUCCGUACUAAAACAAAAUGAAUCAGACGAUGGAAAUAAUGACGACAUUGAUGAUAUUGAUAACGACGAUGACAAUGAUAAUGAUAAUUUACCAAUGGAAAGUCCUCAGUGUACACAAUGUGGAAAAUUAUUUGCAACCAAAAGAAAUCUUAAAAGGCAUAUUUCUACUCACAGUGGUUUGAAAUACAAUUGUUCGACUUGUGGAAAAGUUUUUUCAAGAAUAGAUAAAUUAAAAGACCACGAACAAUCAAAGCAUAAGGAUGAAAUAUUUGGAAACUCUGAAGAAGAGAAUGAAGAUGACACAGAUAAUGAAAAUAAAGUUAAUGAUGGUUCUAAUGAACGAAAGAAGGGUAGGCAUAAUAGACCACAUAAAUGUGCUCUCUGUCCAAAAGCAUUUGCUCAACAGCAAUCUUUAGCUAAUCAUAUAGAAAGACAUAAACGUACUAAAGAUAGUCAAAAGCGAUUUUUGUGCGAAGUUUGUAGCAAAUGUUUUGCUCAAAGUGGUUCACUGGUUGCUCAUAUGCGUACUCAUACUGGCAUUAAACCAUAUGUAUGUAAUAUCUGCAGUAGAGCUUUCACUAAAAGCACAUAUCUGCAAUUACAUUCAAGGACUCAUAGCGGAGAAAAGCCUUACAUUUGUCAAUAUUGUAGUAGAGCAUUUGCACGUGCCAAUACUUUAGCCAGGCAUAUAACGAUGCACACGGGAGAAGCUAAAUAUCACUGCCAGAUUUGUACUAAGUCUUUCAGACGAUUAACUUCUUUAAAUGAACACACAUACACGCAUACUGGCCAAAGACCAUAUGCAUGUAAAAUAUGUACAAAAAGAUACAACAAUGCAGGUUCUUUGUAUGCGCAUACAAAGAAAUGUAAAGCUCAGCAAUUGUCUAAUUCUACAACAACUUUUACUCUUUCAAUGGAUAAUUCAUUGCCACAAAGUGGUGGACCCACAUCACAGGUUUUAAUCUAUUCUCAAAGAAAAUUAUUAGAGGAUGCUACUGUUGGUCAAAUAACACCAACUCCGCAAUACAUGAUUGCUAAUGUACAUAAUCAAAAAGCCUUAUCUACAAAUAUUAUGCAACCAUUUACGGUUGAGGAUCCAAAUGUAUGUACAGUCAAUUCUAAACAGUUAAAAAAUUCCUAUUAUUCUAUAUAUCCAAAUGUAUAAGAUACUCUGCUGAGGUAUACUUAGUAAAAAUUGUAUAAUUAUAUAUCAAUCUAAUGAAUCAUCUAUUUUUAAGAUGUGAAUAAAAAUUAAAGUCUGAUUGUAGAACAUUAGAAUGCAGCAGUAUUUGACAAAAGAAACGAAGACUUAUUAAAGUGUUAAGAAAUUAAGUUUAUCGACUAGAUCAAAUAAAAUAAACUUUCGUAAACGUCUUUAAAUAAGAUUCAAGUUUUAAAAUAUUAAUAGAAAUUCAGGUUUACGUACCCAGUCAUAAUAAAAUGAAAUAAAUCUUUCUAACAUUUUCAAAAUGUGGUAUAUUGAAUUUUGGAGAAUUUCAGCUUGCGUACACCGCAAAUUUUAAAUCAUCCGUGCUUACAUCGAUACUUUAAAUUACAUGUUAUAAAGUAACAACAUAGUUCAACCAUAAGCAGAAUUCCUUUUAGCAUUACAUAUGGUUUUUCUAUAUUUUUUUUUUCUUCCUGUAGGUACAUAGAUACACAUACAAAUACACAUAAGCAUAA